AUGUCGAAAUGCGAUCCCUUCCGUUCAAAGACCGAAUUCAAAGGUAAAAAGCAGAAGAGGUCACAAGGUUCAUCACACUAUCGACCCAAAGCACCCACUGAAUUAACACCACUUCCUCCGUUGCGGGACGCUCCAGCUAAUGAGCAGCAGGAACUUUUUAUCAAAAAGUUACAGCAAUGUUGUGUUGUUUUUGAUUUCUCGGAUGCCCUCACUGAUACCCAGAGUAAAGAAAUAAAGAGGACUUGUCUUAGUGAAUUAGUUGAGUAUGUCACUGUUACUAGGGGUGUUCUCAACGAAAACACCUAUCAGGAUAUUAUACGUAUGAUUGCAUGCAAUAUAUUCCGUACUUUACCUCCGUCGGAUAAUCCAGAUUUUGAUCCAGAGGAAGAUGAUCCAGUAUUGGACUCUGCUUGGCCUCAUCUCCUAUAUGUUUAUGAGUUCUUUCUUCACGUUCUAGAAUCUACCGAAUUUCAAGCUAGCAUCGCAAAACGGUAUAUCGAUCAUAAAUUUGUUCUACAACUCCUCGAGCUCUUUGAUAGCGAAGAUCCUCGUGAACGAGAUCUUCUAAAGACUGUUGUGCACCGUAUUUACGGAAAAUUCCUUGGUUUGCGGUCUUUCAUUCGGAAACAAAUAAAUAACAUCUUCCUACGUUUUAUCUACGAGACUGAGCAAUUUAAUGGAGUGGGGGAAUUGUUGGAAAUCCUUGGAAGUAUUAUCAAUGGAUUUGCCUUGCCUCUCAAAUCCGAACAUACUCGUUUUCUUAUCAAGGUCCUAAUCCCUCUUCAUAAGGCUAAAUCUCUUGGAAUGUUUCACGCUCAACUGGCGUACUGUGUAGUGCAAUUUCUUGAAAAGGAUUACUCUCUCACUGAGGAAGUGGUUAAAGGUCUGCUCAAAUUUUGGCCCAAAACUUAUUCUCAAAAGGAGGUCAUGUUCUUGGGUGAAAUUGAGGAAAUCCUAGACAUUAUCGAUCCAACGCAAUUCAAGAAGAUUAUGGUCCCUCUUUUCCGCCAAAUCGCCAAAUCGGUCUCCAGCUCCCACUUCCAGGUUGCAGAGCGGGCUCUCUACUACUGGAACAACGAGUACUUGGUGUCGUUGAUUGAGGAGAAUAAUGAAGUCCUCCUGCCCAUUCUCUUCCCCUCCUUCUAUCGAAUAUCGCGUGAACAUUGGAAUCAGACUAUCGUCGCGUUAGUAUUCAACGUCCUCAAGACGUUCAUGGAGAUGAAUCCUGUGUUGUUUGAUGAGCUCACCAAAAAUUACAAGACAGAACGGCAGAGGGAAAGAAGACGCGAAAAGGAGAGAGAUGAUUUGUGGAGGAGGCUAGAGCAGUUGAACCUGUCGGGUGAUGAAAAUACAAACGAAUUUUACUCCGCAGACGGUUUAACUGGCAGCUUCAAUAGCAACGACAGUAAAAGUAAUAAUAAUAGCUCGAAUCAAAAGACCUCAGAAAAUAAGCCAAUUACCACUGGUGAUAUCCCCUCGGGCAAUACCACUAACAAUAACAACAGCAGCAGUAGUAAUAGGAAUGACAAUUCAUCCUCUAAUUCCAUCUCCCCCACAUCCAGUGCUACGCUCCCAACAAGGGUCUGA